AGAGAAAUUCUUCUGAAUCACGUGCUUUAAAAUGUGUCAUGCUGUUGGCUAUAUAUUUGGCUGAAGUGCAGGGAAUUUGGACAAGGAAACCCAACACAAAAUAUAGACCUUACAAGGCUUCUCAAGUGUACACUCUGCAGGAAACUAUGGCUGAAAUCAGGAUCUCUCAAGAGAUUGUGGUCAUGACUGGUUCCUCAUGGAGUCCAGGGUUCGUCCAGGAGCUUCUUCCUUCUGCGGAGCGAACGGCUCUUCUCUAUCAACUGUCUUACUUGUGUCUGGGUCAAUUCCCAAAGCUGGAGCGUCUGCUGAGGGAUCGAGCUCUGGAAACACAAAUGCUGUUUGGAUCCUCUGAGGCCGUUCUGCUGAAGUGCGUCGGCACGAGUCAAAACCUGGUUUCAUCACUGUUCCCAAUACUAAUGAAGGCGGUUGAAAAGAAUAAACCCCUUCUGGCUGUGAAGUACCUGGAGAAAGCCAGAGCAUGGAUUGAUGACAUUAUUAGAGCCGUUGAGGACAUGGUGAAUAGGUAUGAACAACAAAACCGGAGUGUGGCUUCAUGCACCAGUGAUGUGAUUCAAGAAAAGAAAGAGACAGAAAAACAAAGAACUCAAAAAAGUGAGGAGAUGAAGAGUCUGGAUACCGCUGUGGGUGAUCUUAAGAACGAGCUGGACAAAACUAUAAAAGCUAUAGAGGAAAUUGAGAAAAAUAUUGAAGAAAAAAACAACGAGCUGCAGAAUCACGUCAGAGAUGUUUCUAGCAGACGUCAUGGUUUGAGUAUCCUAGCUGCUUUAGUGCCAUUUGUUGGAGCAAUUAUUAAAUCCAUUCAUGAAGCUGCAACUGCCCCUGGCGCAGCGGCUAAAACUAAAGCUCUGACCUCCGAACUGAACCGUCUCUCCUCUGAAAAGUGCCGUCUGCAAAACCAACACUGGACAAUCCAAGUCAAACUGACUGAUCUUCAGCUGAAAGUGGCCAACUCCAAAAUACAGCUGGGUGUGAUUCCCAGCCCUGUUCACCUGGAGGAGGUUCAGAAAUGUCUUUCUCAAAUUCAGCAAAUUCUGAUUCAGCUUAAAAAGUUCUGGGAGAAAGUGGGAUCUCUGUUGGACUCACUGAAAGAGAAGACUUUUGUUGGAGAGGAUCUCAUUGAUGACCUUGAGGAACUUAAGGAGGAGUUUCUGAUCUCUAUUGAAACAGCAGGAAAGCACUGGCAAUCAUUCGGUGCAUGCUGUCAGAGAGCAAGUGGCAUCUUCAGCGUUCAGUCUAGGGAUGCAUAUAAGUUCCUGGAGACUGAUCCUUCCACACUCUCAGAAGCUGAAUGGAAAGAGCAAUAUGAGUCUAUCAUGGAGAAGCUGAAGCAGAUCACCCCUCUGGGUCCAUCUGUACCUGCCAUCGCUGAGUAGAAAACUGAUGCUUCCUUCACACUAAAAGGAACACUUCACUUUUGAAUCCAUUAACAAAAAAGUGCUAUUUUCAAAAAAAAAAAAGUGGAGUGUACCUUUAACAUUUAAUACAUACAGAUUCUCUUUGGCAAUUUUUGCUUUAGCUACUCUGCAUUACAUACACAUUUCUUCAUUUUAAUUACAGUUCAAUAGAAACAUUCUUUAGUGGGCUAAUGUUCUUUCUCUUACUCAGUCGUAUCUAUAAUGAAAAUGGCUUUGUGGUGUGCAGUGUAAGUGCUCUGGCCACAUGAAUAAUAUCCAUGUUACACAAUACAGACAAAAACAUUAAACAUUUCAUUGUCAUU